ACUCUCCAUAACUCUCCCCCUCAUUUUUGUCAACAAACAUGGCAGCUUGCGUGCCUACAUUUCCAAAGCGAUGACUCUAGUAUUUCGCUUCUUCUGCCAAGCAAUGUGCUUGUGUGUAAUGAAAGUAUAGAGAGUAUUGUGGAAUGCACUAUUUCACGCCGACAGUCUGUCGGUCAGCGCUCGUUUGUGCAGCAUUUGUGACCGCUUUCGUGUUUAUUUUGAUCAGCUCCGGCAACCCCUCGUCUCGACGUUCAUACCACUGGGUGCGUCUGAAGCCUGCUAACGAUUGGCAGAAGGCGAAAGGACAUCAGCUGGCCCAUGCAUCGCUGCCGGCGAGGUAUCGUGCUUCCAACGGCACCGAAAACGGACACCAAAGUGAACUGGAGCCCGCGACCGUCGAAGACUUCGACAUUAGCGGUUCGGACGUUAUCGUCCUCCUACAAAUACAAAACGCCGGUGCUAAUUUUUUAGAACGUCGAUUGAUCGAGGACCUUGUGUUACAAAGACCUUGUGCGUGCCGUAGAGGUCGAAAAAUUUGCCACUGCUACAGACCUCACAAGCGCAGUUCGUGGCUCUUCAGUAGGUACACGCUGGGAUGGAAAUGCGGCGUCCAUCCGGACUGGACCGAACUCAAUAGCUGUGUCGAUCGUGUGCUCGACGAGGACGAAGGAGUCCCGACAAAACGCAGAUACUUUUACAUAACAGUGCUGAGAGACCCCGUAGCUCGGUUCCGCAGUGAAUGGCGACGAUUCCACCAGAAUCGAGGUUGGCAUGGCUCCCGGCCUCAUCCUCACUUUUGCUUGGACCAACCGGUGUCGAUGCCUGCUCCCAGUGUGUGCUUCGAAGGAAGAAGACCCGAAAAUAUAACCUUUACCGAGUUUGUAUCCUGCUCGGCAAACCCCGCACUUAACCGGCAUACACACAUGCUUGCGGACCAUGGUCUCAUUGAUGGGUGUCCUCAAAAUGGUUCGGUUGGAAUGUUGCUCACCAAGGAAGACCGUGACUUGGUUCUUUUGACAAGUGCAAAGAAAAAUCUCGAACACAUGGCUUUCUUUGGCCUGGCAGAAUUCCCUCGUCUUUCAGAGUCUCUUUUCGAGGCCACAUUCAAGCUGAAGUUUCGCAGAAGGGCAAGGCCACGUAAAUUUCUGCGUGGUCGGAUGAUGGGACGCGGCCGCGUGGUACCUUCACCCGGUGAAGUUGAACAGGUCACAGCUGCCAAUAGUUUGGACAUCGAAUUGUACAACUAUGCUAAGGAGCUUCUCUUCACAAGAUUUCAUAAACUGAGUGACAGCGAUCCAGCUGUAGAAAAAGAGAGCAACAAUGUAGAUUCCGACGAUGACGAGAACUGGGCAGAAGAGGAGGACUUUUUUGAUAACAUAUAGCAAUAUUUUACUUUAACACCCGAGGUCAUCGCAGCUACAUAGUUGGUCUAUCCCUAUGUGUUAGUACGAAAGAAGAGAAAUAGAUGAAGGGCUCAUGUCUUUGAUAGACGCAACCUUAUGUGUUAAUGUAAAACAAAGAGUGUUCCUAGCUGAUGACCUUCAUUGAAUGAUCAGCCACCCCAUCCCCUGUGCAUGUAUGCGCCAACUAGCCCAUCUUUCUACCGUCGGAACCUACAGUUCUUCAGCAGAAAUUUGUGUCAGCAGCUCUCUUGAAACAGCCAUUAAUGUUUGUAAAUUGCAGCUACAUUUCUAUUGUUGCAAGCUGUUAUUACUGUGUUAAGUGCAGCUUUUACAGAAGCGCCAUGAUGAGCAACUUAUGCGGGUAAUGUUGCAGUUUUUCCUGUGCUGCACCGGAGGCUAAUACCACAGAUUUUGUUUGAAGCAGCUGCUGCAGCCUGUGAAUGUGUUUGCCGUGUUGCACAAUCAGGGGGGAACCUUGGAGUGUAUGGCCACUUACUGUAGUGCUGAUACAAAGUACACUGGGCUGUCACAACACCUAUUUAUGAAUAUCGAUGUAUAUACUCACACUGGCAUAUGGUUUAUCCAGCCACUAUCAUCACAUCUUUGCUUUUGACGUGUCUUGGACGUUCCUCACAUUGCUGUUGUGUCGUAGGGGAAAACAAUACAAGUUGUUACCAUGCAUAGUAUGGUGCCAUAGAAAGAAGUGAAUGUCGCUGUUUGCUGGUGUAUAAAUUCACUAAGCUGUAAGCUUAUAUUUACAUUUUGAAUAUUUAUAUUUUGAUUUUUAGUGCCUGCACCGCUGAACUUGCGCUGCGAAAUCUGAACAUUGCAUGCACAGCCGUGAACCGGUUCCAAUUGGUGCAGGUGAAUUGAACAGACCUCCUAGUUUGUCUUUUUAUUUUAAAUCAAGACAGAAAGAUACCCCAGCACACCAAAUCUGCCAUACUAGCAUCUUUCUUUUUGUUCUUACUGUUGUAUCAGCACGUGGAAUUCCCCCAUGAAAGUCCAUUGUUCAAGUCAUGAAAACAUGUGUUGGCAUUGAAUUUUUACAGAUUUACUGAUACAUACAAUGCUCUGUGUCAGGCCUGGAUGUUGCUUUUGCAAGGGCCUUUAUUUCAUCGUCACGAAAUGCUUUCACAAAAGCCUUUAUAUAAAGUGUCCUUCCAAUACAGUGCAUUCACACGGUCAGUAUAUAUUCAUAUUCUGCAAGUGUGGUUAGAUGGGCCAGUUAGCAAAACAUUCACCUUCUGUGUGUGAGGCCCCAGGUUUGAAACCCAGCACUGCCAAAAGUGCUUAUUAUGUGUUGUUUUGUACAUUAUUUUUUCAUAACAAUUAGUAUUGAUAACAAGAAUAGGGAUGGGCUUGGCAUGGAAGUGCUUACACAUUUAAAUCUUUGUAGUGAAAUCACAGCGCUAGAACGACAUCACAAAGUUUAAAGUAUAUUUCAUUAUUUACACUAUUGUGGCAUAGGAAGCAGCUCAGGUUAUGGGUGAGCAGAAGUGUGGGAGCAGCUGCUCUCCAGAAUUUUUAACCUGCCACGCCGUCACCACAGCUGCAAGGCCUAGAACCUAUCCGUCUACAAAGUUUGCCAAGUUUAGUCUUUGGGUAUCUCAAGGACGCAAUUUAGUUGAUAUUUUCGAACAAAAAUAGAAUAAGUUUGAGAAGAUUUUAUAAUCUGGUGAUUUUAUAGUGAGCUACUGCAGUAACCAAAAUUCUAAAGGCAACAUGAAGUUUCACUUAGUCUAAGUUGGUUAAAAAUUGGCAGUAUGCUGUGGUCAAGCGAGCAUUUCAAAACUCCAGGGCUCGUUGUUAUCUAAUUUUAUUAUAAGCAUACUUCAAAACAGCGCCUAAGUACAUGACGCGUGCUUCUUUAUGGCUGUAGUGUAUGAUGUGCGAAUUUGCCGGCAAGUCGCCCCAGUAUUCUUCAG